UCACCCGACUAUACAUGGUGGAUGAAUUCUGCGUAUUACAAGACAGAAGAUGGCCACAUUAAUAGGUACCAGACUAACUUGGAGAGACAAAUUGAAAAGGGGGAUCAAUGUUUGGUGUGCAGGAAUGAGGAACUUUGUAAGGACGUCAAGAUGCUCCUUCACAAUGGCAAUGCCCAGAAGAUACAUCAUCUGCAUGGAUUAGAUUCACUGGCAGUGAUGGAAAAAUCUCUCUACGCAUUUCCCUCUGAAACUGGCCAAAUGGGGCUUGAAAAACUUACCAAGGCCUUUGAAGUGUUGGAGCUCGCUGCUUUAAACCUCUACGUCUACCCCUGGAGAAGAGAGUACAGACUGGUGAAGAUGUUUUCAGGUAUGUUCACUCAUUCGAUCAAACCUGCACUAACACUUCAGCAGGCUAAAGAGCUGUUUGGUUUGCUUGGAUACCAGGCCUCAAGUCCUAAAGAAGAAGAGGAGUUGGCGCUGAACUCCAAACUCGUUCCUACUGAUUUCUUACUCAGCCUUGCAUGUGGCUUCUUCACUGCCCGGAUGGAGUGCCAGCUGCUACUUUCGGCCUUGGGCUCGGUGGACAGAGGUGUGGAGUGGGUUCUACAGCUAGUUAAGGAGAGGCAGGCGGGCCACAGUUUUCAGGUAGCACUAGAGUACACCAAGAGAAAGGCAGAUGCUGCUAGUGUUUCAGAUGCCAUCCUGACAGGUGGCAUGGACACUGAGCUGGAUCUGUACACAGAGCAGACAGAUGCUUCUCGCGUGACAUCCACGUCUUGUUCACCACCUCACUCUUCUUAUAUGCAACCAAAAGAGGCUGAUCUAAGCAAGCCUUUACAGAAAGAGACCUCACGGUCAAACAUGGGGAAUAAUGAGGAUGCAAGGCAGGGAGGACCACUCAAAAGUCCAGGUCCGAAGGAAAGCUUUGCUGAAGAUCAAACUGAAGGUGAUGCCCAGAGCCAAGCGGCAGCAAAAGUCAUGCGUGUUUCUGAUACAUUGCAAUAA